AUGGCCUGUGUUAUGAAAUGUAAAUAUGUAUUUUGUCUUGAGGGAUUGGAAUUUGCUUCAAAAGAAGCAACUGUCGUUACCAACAAUCUAAGGGAUCCUCAAUGUUCUUUAUCGGAUGAAGAAAUAGUCUUCGACACCCGCUUAGCACAUUCAAAUUAUACGCUAUUUGGCGAACAAAGUUGUAUUGACGACGACCUAGCAGAUCCUAAUUAUUCUUCUUUUGAGAGCGAUAUCUCAAAUACCUCUCCUAUAAUAUUUUGUUCACCACCUUCUUUACCUGAAGCAACUGUCGUUAACAACAAUCUAGGAGAUCCUAAAUGUUCUUUAUCAGAUGGAGAAAUGGUCUUCGACACUGAUUUAGCAGAUUCAAGUUAUACGCUAUCUGGCGAACAAACUUUUAUUGACGACGAUCCUAAUUAUUCUCCUUGUGACAGCGAAAUCUCAGAUAUUUCCUCUGUAAUAUUUUCUUCGCCACUUUCUUCACCUGAAAAUUUACAUACAGAAGUUCAACAAAAAGAGAUAUCCGCCAAAAUAAAUCAAAGUUUUCCUGUAGAUUGCCAAAGUAUGACUGAAAACAAAAAACAGUUCAACAAAACUAUUUUUUCUUGCUACUGUGAAUGUUACGUCCUUAAUUUUCCGCGACAUCUGACACCUAACCAUAUAACAGAAUGGGCGGUUUAA